CGGUGCCAGAACGAGUAACCCAAACUGGAGCAAAAACUUGCUCCAGAUGAGAAGCCAGUUUCUCCAGUCAGACUUUCUGGGUUGCAUUAAGAAUGCCGCCAGCCAAGUGGCGAAGACGUUUCUUAUCAAAAAUAAUUCAUUCCUGCUUUCAUGUGUUUUCCGGUCGCUCUUGACGGGCUUUUCACCCAUGCCGCAAGCUGGGCAUGUAAGGUGGCAGUUGCCCAGGUCCAGAUGGUCCUUCUCCUCCAUACCAUGAGCAAGUGCAAGUACGACCAUGGGCAAGGAACUCUGCCAUCUGAAAGUCCGGUUUCCCUUUCAAGAAAACAUAACAACAACAACAACAACAAAAACAACAACAACGGCGACGACGACGACGAUAAAAUGCCUCGCCGAAGCCGCCGAUUGGAGAUCGCUGCUGCCCGUCGGCUCGUCGCCGCCGCUCCUACGGCGCGUGCCCGCCGCGCUGCAACCCGUUUUGUGCGGCGCCUGCAGCUGCAACCAGAGCAGCAGCACCGGCUCCGGGUGGUCCGCCCUCGGGAAGAAGAGGAAGAAGAGGAAGAAGAGGAAGAGGAAGAGGAAGAGGAAGAGGAAGAGGAGGAAGAGGAGGGAGAGGAGGAUGAUGAUUGGUCGUGGCAUGGUGAAGAGGAGGAAGAAGAAGAAGUGGAUAGUGGGGCUGGCGAGCCUUCCUAUAUCCCACCAGAUGCGGAAUAUCUUUAUGAAGAAGAUUAGUUUUUAGACUUGGCUGUUGGAGAGAAGCUAAUUAUUCUUAAUCCCUAAUAGAGCGGCCUGAUUUGAGCACACUUACAAAAUAUUUUUAUCCCGUCCUACGACGCCGGCCUCCCCGUGGCGGUCGGGGGAUACCCUCUGGAAAGCCAUUGCCAAAGGGGCUAACAGGCAUCAACCAUCAACGAGACAAGAGAAUCGAACUUCUGGUC